AUGCUCCUGAACAAGUCGAAAAACGUGGAACACUAUGCGGUUCGUCCAUAUAGGAACAACCCGUGCACAACUCAAUUGGGUCUUAAACUUUGUCAACAAUAUAACUUCACUUCUGUGGGUGAACGAGAUGAGCAGCUUAUUCAAGAUCUUCUUGGCGCUUUUGAUAAGGCGAUGAGAUACAAAUCACCGACAAGGUGUCAGCAAGUACAGAUGUCUCUUGAUUUUUUACGAUUCGAAGUCAUGAUUCACAAACUAUACCAAGAUUUGAAGGUUCAAGUCAAGAAAGGUCAAUGUUUUGAGGUCGAGAUUGGGAUAAUUUUGGCUGAACGUACUGUUACACAGAUACAAACCCUCAAAAAACAAAGAAAACUGGAUUAUUUUAUGACCAAUACCCACGCGGAGCGGCACCGGCCUCAUGCCGCAGACGCAUGGUGUGUUCGACAUAUUACAGAAAUCUUCGGUUUAAAGAUCAGGCACUUCUAUGCUGAUCGAAAUACAGAUCUAGCUCAUGCUAUGAGAAAGUUUGAGAUGUUACUCUCUGGCUUAAUGUCACAGCAGCGCGCAGCAAUAGAGAGCGGAGGUGCGAAUGAUAGAUUAGAAACAUGGGGUUUCAUCACAGAAAUGCUUACCAGUGAAGUUAAGCAUCACGAGCAAUUAUUGAGCGCAGAGAGCAUGCUCAAGGCUAAAAGCAGACCUCGAAAAAGUCCUUUCGAAGUACUACAACGCUUGGCUGGUAGUCGCAGAACUUUCUCUCUUACAAGCCGGCUCUUAUCCGUCGUGUGA